AUGGAGAAAGGAUUUGGGUUGGGAAUCAGCCCACGUGGUUUCUUUGUCUGGCAGGCGGGAGGUACAAAGCCAGCGAGUUUGGUCCAGCUGCUGGUCCACGCGUAUGCAGCUCAGUCCGGAAUGGGCUGCACGCGUAUAGUCCAGAGCCAAGGAAAGAGGCUGGUGGUGGAACAGUUCAUAAGGUCCCGAGCCAGAGGAGAGUAUGUUUGGCGGAGUAGAAGGCCCGAUGCGUGCUGGCGCGACCGUAGUAGGAGACACGUGCCGCGGGACGCCGAUGGCCAGGGAGAGCUGGAAUAG